UAAUCGCAACUCACGUAAUGGCAAGAGGGAUUAGCACACCGAAUAAUUCCUCGAAGGCUAAUGCGACAUUGCUCAUGCUUCCUUGUAAGUAGUGACACAGUGAGACAAUUCCAAGGCCAAGCAUUCUCUUUCUUUUGUAAUCUUUCCUUCUCCAGAUGGUCGAAACCAUCCAACGAUCAUCUGAUCCAUUGAAAGGAGCCCAGCUAUUUAGCCAUUGGAGCUUUCUGAUUAUGGAAAACACCCAUUACGAGAGAUCGCUCAUACAACUCCCAAUACAGAUAUCUGCAUAAUCAGUACAGUACUCUCUGAGGAUCGAGAACUUAUAAUGGCCAACUCUGGGGAAAAAAAGAAUGUGGGCUUAUUGAAAUCUGUAGAAGAGAGAGCCCUAUCCAAGAAGGUAGAAGAUGAGCAAAAGCGGCAAAAUGUGCCUUAUUUUCAUAAAGAUUGCAUCUCAAAUAUACUCAUUCGGCUUCCUCUCGAGUCACUUCAAAGUUCAAGAUUUGUUUGUAAGCCAUGGUACAAUAUAAUUAAUAGUCCCAUUUUUAUUGAUGCCCAUCUUCGUCGGUCUGAAUCAGUGUUGAUAUUUCUAGAAUCAGUUCAAAAUGAAAGAUACCCUUAUUUGGAAAGAUCAAUGCCAACACAAAAACCAAACUACUUCUCAGUUGAAUCAAGUUUCCUUCAGUCAAAACCUGUCCCCAUUUUCGGGCAACCAGUAAAUACACUACCAAAAUUCCGUAUCCAAUUCCUUGAAUUUAAAGAGGGAAAGAGCAAGGUAACAGAGUAUAAGGUGAGCUGCCUGGGUCUUAUUAGAGCUACAUGCAAUGGUCUAAUUUUACUUGAUAACAAACUGAAGAAAGGAGGACUUCUAGUCAUGAAUCCUGUGACAAGGAAACUUAUGGCGCUACCUCUUGGUACUAUAUAUCCUCCACAAAAUGAAUCUUAUGGAUUUGCAUUAAGUAACACUACUGGAGAAUAUAAAGUGGUGCACUUAUUUCGGGAUGAGUUGGGCUAUGUUAGUUGCGAGAUAUUAAAUAUUGGGACGAGAUUCUGGAGGGAAGUGAAUGGACCUUCUUUUGGACUUUUUGGUUGGUUUGGAUACGAACCUGUUUCAGCAAUAGGAGCUUUGCAUUGGGUUCCUCAAGUUGAUCAUAACGACUACAUCGUGUCUAUGGAAGUAGAUAAUGAGAAGUUUCAUACUAUUCGACUUCCCGAGAAUUGCAGAACCUAUGAUAGGAUUAUUGAGAUGGCUGGGUUGCUGUGUCUUGUUGUCCAUGAAGAAUUGAACAUAGAUAUUUGGAACUUGAAGAGCAUAGGCGAAGGUGUAUGGACAAAGCAAUAUAGCAUCACCAGGGGCAGUGUUCUUGAUAUGGUUCCAAUGUUUAGUUUAAGAAUUAGUGGAGAUAUAAUAUUCAAGAGGGCUGAAGAUGGUUCAUUUUAUGCUUAUGAUUUUAGAUUCCAAGAGAUGAGGAAGGUUGAGAUCGAUAAGAAAUGCUUCCCUUUCUCCGGCACGUACCUCCCUCAUGUAAACAGCCUUGUCUCAUGGAUGCCCUCUCAGAAUGUGUGUGAUUGAUUUUGAUUUUGAUUUUGAUUAUGGCUUGGAUUUUUCCAUGGAAUGGUAAUCAGUGAUGUAGUUUUGUUGGCCUAUGCACCAUAUGGUUUAUUGUCUGCUUGCUUUGUGUUUUGGCACUGAAGGCUAGUCUUACAAUACUGUAACGUGAGCACCAUACUCAGUUGUGAAUAAUCAAUCAAUCAAAUGUAACUGAGUUACUAUAAUUGAAUAUUUGUGUAUAAAUGGGUCUUUUUAUUUCUC